AUGGAGAAGGCAUCCAUCUGGCACUACAAGUUCUGGCGCAACCCGUUUGGCGAAAGUCUGCUUCUUGUCGCCGCAAUGACGCAUGUGCUGCUUGCGCUCUGGCGCACCGCCAGGAGACGCACGCUCAAGAUGCCCCGGUGGGAGUUCAUUCAGCUGGUGUUUGGGUUCUAUAUCCCCUGGAGCCUUAUUCCGCACGUCGGCACGACCAUGGGGUUGGCCAACAACUUCGGCUUCGCGCCGACCUACCAUCAGAUGCUGACCAUUCUCUGGCCCGAACACGGCGUCACCCAGUCACUUCUUCUGCUCGUCGUCUGGUCGCAUUCGAUGAUCGGACUGCACUUCUGGCUGAGGCUUUACCCUUUGUACUACCGCCUCAGAUUUGUCGCUCUUGCCUUCGCGGUCGCGAUGCCUGUGCUCGCUUUAUGGGGCUUUAUCGAAGGGGCACGCCGGCUCGAACUUGCCAAGGACGUAAAGGUGAAGGUCUCGGAAGCCCAGUUCGACUGGCUGACAACUUUCGUCAUCGAAGGACGGGCCGUGGUCUUUGGCCUGAUCGCAUGCAGCCUGCUGGUCAUCCUGUUCCGCUAUCUGAUCGGCCUGAGCGCGAGACGACUGACAAUCACGUAUCCGGGUAGCCUCGCGGUCCGUGCGAAACCCGGCGCAACACUGCUUGAGAUCAGCCGGAUCAACGAUGUGCCCAUCGCCUCGGUCUGCGGCGGGCGGGCGCGGUGCUCCACCUGCCGCGUCAAGGUGUUCGAGGGAGAAGAAACACUCGCCCCGCCGGAAGCUGCCGAGAAGGCUGUUCUCACGCGGAUUUCUGCGGAUGAGGGGGUCAGGCUUGCCUGCCAGAUCAGACCCUUGCAGAACCUCGGCGUGCAGCCGCUCGUUCCGGUCAAGGUGACUUCCGAGACCAGCGAGAACCUCAAGGAUGCCUACUACUGGGGUGUCGAGCAGGAAGUCGUCGUCAUGUUCGUCGAUCUCAGAAACUUCACCCGAAUUACUGAAUCCCAGCUUGCUUAUGAUGUGGUCCACCUCCUGAACAGUUAUCUCGAUCAGGCUUCCGGCGCGAUCCGGUCAGAGGGAGGAUUUGUCGACAAGUUCAUCGGCGACGGCAUCAUGGCGAUAUUCGGGAUGGACAACAAUCCGGGACAGGGCGCUCGGCAGGCGUUGCGUGCCGCAAAGCGAAUUGAGGCGGUGAUGCAAUCGCUCGAGACUGAAAAAGGUGGCGUUGUUUUGUCCGCACAUACGGAUGUGGUGCCGGUUGCAGGCCAAAACUGGUCUCGGGAUCCCUUCACCGCCUGGGAAUCUGAAGGCAGACUCUACGGGCGCGGAUCUGCCGACAUGAAGGGAUUUGCGGCGACCGCACUUUCCAAGGUUCCGGAUUUUCUGGCCACCGAUCUUGAAAAACCCAUCCACAUUGCUCUUUCCUACGACGAGGAAAUCGGCUGCUUCGGUGCCGCACCACUCGUCAGUGAUCUGCUGGCGAAAGAACCGCAACCGUCUUUCGCCAUUGUCGGCGAACCAACCAAUAUGAAAGUGGUGACCGGACAUAAGGGAAUAGCAGUCUUCAAAACCAGAAUUCGGGGGCACCCGGUGCAUUCCAGCCAGUUGCACCGGGGUGUUUCAGCAAUUUCAGCGGCUGCCAAACUGAUCACAUGGCUCGACACCCGAACCGCCGAAAACAAGGCCGCGGCCGAUCCCGAUUGUCCAUUCGAACCGCCUUACACGACGCUGCACAGCGGAGUGAUCAAAGGCGGGCAAGCACACAAUAUUACGGCACAGCAUUGCGAAUUUGCCACCGAUAUCCGGCUGCUGCCGGGCGACAGUGCAAAGGCCUGGAUCGACGCCUACCAGACUUACAUUGAAAAUCAUGUUCUGCCGGACAUGCUGGAGAUUUCGGCGGACUGUUCGAUCGACGUCGAGCAUCUGGCCUAUGUUCCCGGCCUUUCGGAGGAGCCGGAUGGCCGUGCGGAAACCGAAGUCCGGCGCCUGACGGGGGACAAUGGGCGUCACGUGGUUGUCUAUGCGACCGAGGGCGGAAUUUUUCAGAACCACGGACUAUCGACAGUCGUCUGUGGUCCGGGCUCGAUCGACCAGGCUCAUCAGGGGAAAAUGAACAAGAAGACUUUGAUUUUUACCGCGCUGCUGGCCGCGGGGACAGGGGCUGCUGCACAGGCAGAAACCUUCAAGUUUGCCUUCCAGGGCAGUUUGAACGGCCUCGAUCCCUACAGCCUCAACGAAACCUUCACCCUGUCGUCGCUCGGCAAUGCCUAUGAGGGGCUGACGCGUCGUGGGGCGGAUCUCGCCAUCGAGCCUGCGCUGGCUGAACGUUGGGAAAUCAUCGAACCGAACCGCUGGCGUUUUUAUCUGCGCAAAGGCGUCAAGUUCCACAACGGCAACGAUUUUACCGCUGAAGAUGUCGCCUUUUCAGUCGACCGGGUCCGCUCGGAAGGGUCCGACCUGACAACACGCGUCCCUGCCGACGCCAAGGUGGAAAUCGUCGACGACCACACGGUCGACUUCGUGCUGACCGGCCCGAACCCGAUCCUGAACUAUGAGUGGGACACGUUCUACAUCAUGGACAAGGAGUGGACGACCGAGAACGACGCGGUCAAGGUCACGUCCGCAUCCGACACCACGCCGAAUUAUUCGUCCUUGAAUGCGAACGGCACCGGUCCGUUCAAGAUUGUCAGCCAUGAGGCAGGCGUAAAGACGGUCUAUGAGAAAAACGACGGUUGGUGGGACGAGAUCAAGCACAACGUCGACACCGUCGAAUUCACACCGAUCCCGUCCGACGCAACUCGUGUUGCUGCGUUGCUGUCGGGUGAACUGGAUAUGGUCUAUCCGAUCCCGGUUCAGGACAUCAAACGCAUCAACGACAAUGCCGGAACCGUUGCGCUGACCGGACCAGAGCUGCGCACGAUCUUCCUUGGCAUGGACCAGACGCGCGACGAACUGCUCUAUUCGGACGUGAAGGGCAAGAACCCGUUCAAAGACGAGAAAGUCCGCAAGGCGUUCUACCAGGCGAUCGACAUCGAGGCGAUCAAGAACAAGGUCAUGCGGGAUCUGGCAACGCCGUCCGCGAUCAUGAUUUCGCCAUUCCUGUUUUCCAAGUCAUCUGAAUUCGAGCGCUAUCCAUACGAUCCGGAAAAUGCGAAGAAGCUGCUAUCCGAAGCCGGUUAUGCGGAUGGUUUCACCGUUGGUAUGGACUGCCCGAACGACCGCUACGUCAAUGACGAGGCCAUCUGCCAGGCGGUAGCCGCCAUGCUGGCACGCGUCAACAUCAAGAUCGAUCUGAACGCACAGCCGAAAGCAAAGUAUUUUGCCAAGGUUCUUGCGUCCGGUGGCUUCGACACGUCGUUCUAUCUGCUUGGCUGGACCCCGGGUUCGCUCGACAGCUGGAACGUGUUGUCGAACCUGAUGAACUGCCGCACCGAAGCCGGUGAAGGUUCUCCGUUCAACCUCGGCGGUUUCUGCGAUGAGAAGAUCGACUGUUGA